UAAAAGUGAUUAGGGCAAAGUUUGUGUUUCUAGAUAGCAAGCAUGGGAUACGUCUCCGACAACAACCUCGUCAACUAUUUCCCCCUCUCUACUAAUACUACUACUCAACCUCAUCAUCUUCUUAUCACACACUGCGAGAUUAACGGCAACGAUCACCAUCAGCUCGUCCCUGCAUCCUCAGGAGAACACGACGACGGUAAAAGUAACAUUUCUGUGGCGGCGACGACUUCGAGAUGGAAUCCAACACCCGAGCAGAUCACGACGCUAGAAGAGGUUUACAGGAGCGGAACACGGACGCCGACGACAGAACAGAUCCAAAAGAUAGCAUCCAAGCUCCGUAAAUAUGGCAGAAUCGAAGGGAAGAAUGUGUUCUAUUGGUUUCAGAAUCAUAAGGCUAGAGAGAGACAAAAACGACGCCGUCGUGAAGGAGUUGCUACUAACAAUGUUCGUGAACCACAUCAAGACGUCAAGGAUUCAUCAUCAGGUGGUUAUCGAGUUGAUCGGACAAAGAGCUGCUUAUCUUUUCCGCAAACAGACCCACAGCCACAGCGUGAAUUAGUUCCGGCGAGUUACAAUAAAGACGACAAUGCUAAUAAUGAAGAUUAUGGGAGGACAAAAGAAUCAGAGAGGGCAUCCGAGGGUGGUAAAGACAUCACGUGGAGAAAUCUUGUUACUUCGUCGUCGGUAACUCAAGAAGAACCAGGAGGAGAAGUUGAAACGAGGGAGAUCCGAACUUUAAAUCUCUUCCCGGUUCUGGAGAACCAAGAGAAAACCAGCUGGUUUAAAGAGAAGAAGAAUGCGAAUGCAAACCAAGCGUGUUGCGACUACUGUUUCUACUAAGAGUUCUUGCCUCUGAAGAACUGCAACCAAAACCCAUGUGUGAGUAAUAAAUAAGACUAGAAGGAUUUAAUGAAGUUUUAUUUG